UCGGCGAGUUCGUCAUCCCCAUUUCGUAGCUGAAGCUGAGCAAGGAACUCUCAACUCUCAAGCUUCGUGUUCUUCACGUGAAUCUCUCCUCCAAUGUCUCUCACUAUUAAAUUUACUCACCGCUUUCUCUGGAUACAUCCUUCACGUCCUCAUUCCUACAGCUUGAAUGAUAGCGUACUCAUGCGCAGUUACUGCGCUAAGCGGAGUAAUGCCCAUCUGCAUCAUCACAGCCUCCGUAGAUGGCCUUGCUUGGCGAAUAGCAGCGACAAUACACAUGAGCUAUCAGACGCAUGCAAGCAUGAAGGUUCAUCAGAAAGAGAAGAGACAACAGAAGCGGAGUCCCUGACAUCCAACAAGAUCCUGAAGAAACUGAAGAGAUAUGGAGUGUCUGGAAUCCUUUCCUAUGGACUAUUGAACACAGCAUACUAUCUCCCAACAUUUCUUUUUGUAUGGCUAUACGUGGUUCCAGCACCUAAAAGGAUGGGUUAUCUUGCCGCUGUCGAACGAUUUCUCAAAGUGAUGGCCAUGGUCUGGGCUGGUAGCCAAGUGACAAAACUUGUAAGAGCUGGAGGAGCUUUAGCAAUGGCCCCUUUUGUAGACAGAGGAUUGUCAUGGUUUACUAUCAAGUUCCAGUUUGAGUCUCAGGGGAAGGCGUUCAUGGCAAUCGUGGCGUUUUGUUUUGGGUUGGCAAUUGUCAUAUUUUUGGUGAUCACAUUGCUUUGGGCAUGAUUUAUGAGACAUCUGAUUAGAGCCAAUUAACUUUGUAUCACCUGAAAAUUUGUAUUAAAGCAUGUUCAAUUAUCUCUUGAUUCUUCCCCCUUGAAAUCUUUGCCAAAAUUGCUGAAAAUGUUAAGCUCCUUAAUUUUUGCCAAGGA